UUUGGGUUGAGCAAAGCUCAACGCCGAGGCAACAGGAAAUAAAGAGCAGCAACUCCAACACUUUUAAAAAAAAAAUCCGAUCUGAGGCCCAGAAUACAUGAGUCAAGAGUGUGCAAUGAUUUAUUCAGUGUAUCCUCCAUGUAUUACUGUGAGACUUUAAAAAAAUGUUUUCCUUUCUCGCCUCCUUUUUGCCGACUUCUUACCUCCUACCAGGAUGGCUGAUACUGGACACAAACCCUCUGAUUGGUUUACUUCAAGGGCUGGUGGGGGCAAGUGGGAUUUCUGUGCUGUGCUCCCUCUUCAGAGUACAUCUGUUGAUAGAGGAGAGCUGGAAAGAAAAAAUGAAUGAAGGCACAUCAAGUGGGAAGUCAAGCAGUAACCCAAUGAGAGCUAAACAUGGACUUUUUGGAGUGCUCCAGUUUCUCUUUGUGACUGGGAUACUGGCCACUGUGGGGUCCCGUGUGGCCUCACUGGUGGUUCUGGAAUUCUGCCUGCGAGCCGUCUCUGGACUGCUUACAGCUGGACCGGAAACCAGGAAGUUUCUGCAGCAGCUGUUAGUGCAAAGCCAGUUCUCCUUGGGCUGUGCCAUCAGCUGCAGUUUGCACUUUCUCCACGAGGGGGCAUCGCAGCGCUGGCUGUGCCUUCUCCUGGCAGCAGCCCUCAGUUGGUAUCUGGCAAAAAAGUCAGCAGCCCUUCUGCAUCAUGUCGUCGCUCUGUAUAAGCUGCACAGCUCCCAGCGCUACUGCGGCAUUUGCAUCAGCCUGCUCACAUCAGGCUGCUAUCUGCAGCCCAUGCUUUGCAGGAUUAUGAUCAUUGCCUUUUCUGUGGCCGUGCUGGCAGCGGUAUCGAUCAUCAACCAACAGUUUCUCUCUGCAACCGAGGCCUUGAGGUUCUGGACGCCGCUCACUAUCUGCUACACAUUGUUGGUGGUGUACAUGCAGGAAGAACAGCAUCGUCUGCCGAGCAGCCAAGCUGUCCUCAAUGCAGUCGUCGUGCGUCUCGGGGGCUUGAUGGUCCUGAUGCUGACUGUGGGACGCUGGGCCGAUGUGUUCCACAUCCUAAUAUGUUUCCUCGGUGAGGCCAGCUGUCUCAUCCCAAACAUGGAUCUGCUGGAUGCAGCAUCCUCGCAGGUCAGUGGGUUUCUCCAGAGACCACUAAACUGGGGCAGAAUACCAAACGUGCUUAUCAAACUGAAUCCCAGGGAGAAAAAGAACUUCUCAAACUUUUAUCCCAGGAGGGAAACAGUUUAGGAGGCCCGACGACAGAUUUAGGUCAGAGAAGUCUCUAACUUGUGUAAAAAAACCAACAAAAAAACCAACCCUACUUCUCUUUUCACAGAUAUCAUCUUGCAGUAAUAACUAGGCUUUUAAAACACUACAUGAUAUUAACAGAACACAUGAGAAAUUAACUAUUUAAUCCUCUGAUUUAGAAAAUGAAGUGAAAUCUCUUCAGACUAUAAAAAGUAGAACAAAUGACUUUCAGUAACUAGCUAAGUUAAAAUAUAAAUUGUGCUUUAAAUAUUGAUAUUAAAAUAUCUAGACUAUUAAAUUUAGACAUAAGGGGUCACAAGGCCAUUUAAAUACUGAUAAGCUACAACAUUAUGAUCAGCUGCAAAUGCUUUGAGCAAUGAAGGUGUGGUAAUUAGCAGAUUUAGGUGUAGACUUGUGUUUUAAAUAAAACACCCUUUGUCAUGAAACGGUGGUACUUGUACUCCCAUUUAUCAGAAUCUUACUCUGUCUCCAGAAGUUAUUCAUGCAUUUGUUGUUCUGUCAUGUGGUCU